UUUGUUUACAUGAGACAUAUUAGGAAGCGGGCAAAAAUAAAACAAGUCGUAAAGUAGACUAUAGAUUAGUGUUUGAUGCUAAAAUGUUAAAGAAAAUCUUUCAACGUGAUAUUCCAAAACAUGCCCUUAAAAUUAUCAAUAGAUCGUGCCAAAAACGAAGGCUCACAAGCCAAACUAGAAGACACCCAGCUUUCGAACGAUCUCCAGUAUAUUUCAAAGAAGAGGAAGUUAUUCUAAAUAAACUUAUCCCACAAAUUCGCGAAGAUGUUAUAGAUGAAUCGUUGGUUUACUAUAAUAAUAUGCAAAAACUUAGAAGACACUUCGAAAACCUUUUCACUCACCAGGUGGAAAAUCUAAAGUCGAAGUAUAUGCCAUCUGCUGCAAUAACGAUUAAUUUUUACAAACAUUUUAAAAAGGACUACACGGAAGAAGAGUUGAUGAAGGUCGGGAUUCUGGGAUGGUGCUUUAAACUGCAAGACAUCUCUUUGAUUAUGGUUGAUGACAUCAUGGAUGAAUCAGAAUUCCGUUACAAUAAACCAGUCUGGUACAGAGAAGUGGGAGUAAAGCAAGCCAUCAUAGACUCCCUAAUUUUUGAACAUUGUUCUAGCUACCUACUUUUAAAAUAUUUUUCUGAUCUCAAGUAUUUUCCUCAAAUUCAAAAAGAACUGCUCCAGAACAUAGCAACUGCUAAUUCUUCACAAAUACUAGAACUUGACGAUUUUCCGUUAGAAGACUAUGAAAAAUAUGAAAAUUUAGUGAAGUCUUAUCCGUUUUUUGUACAUUCAGUCACAUCUGUUAUGUAUAUGGUUGAUGUUGAUGACCCUCAUCUUCACUCCAUAGCGAAGAAGAUGUGUAUGGAUAUUUCUAUAUUUGGAAAAAGAUAUGAUGAUAUAACUGCAAUUGUAGAAACAGUGAGUGUUGCGGAAAAACACAACACAGAUAUACAUUUUUCUAGAGCAACGUGGAUGGCUAUCCAAGUGUCCAAACUGGGAAACCCCCAACAAAAGAAGACUUUUAAGGAACACUACGGCAGCUCAGAUCCUAAAUCGGCCUUGAUCAUUUUUGAUAUCUACAAAGAACUGAAGUUAGUUGAACAUUUUGACAAAUAUACGAUGGAAUAUUAUGAUGACAUGUACACACAAAUCCAGAACUUGCCUCCUCAGUUGCCCAAAGAGUUUUUCUCUAAUAUGUUAGAUUUGUCGGUAGCAAAUAAGUUCUAUGCUUAAUCAAAGUAUGUUCCUCGAAAAAAAAAUAUAUUUAUUCAUCAAAA